AUGUUCUCUAACAUCGUCGUUGAUGCAGAAUUUGCAGCCAUGCUUCAGUCAAAGCUGUCCGAUGCUCUCGACGCCCAAACCAUCGAUCUGCUCCUCGCAGACACAAGCCACCAUAUCCAGCUCAUUCACAAUGCAGCACAGUCGGGCUCGACAGGUCCCUUGCCGCAGAAACUGGCCAAGCAAGUCGAGCGACAAGGACGAGACCUGUGGAAUCUCUGUAUCAGGCUGAGGAGAGAAUUAGACGCGUCUGGGCCGAUACAGAAGAGCAGAUUGCUCGUCAAAGCAAGGUCGCUCGCCUUUUACAUGCUGGAGCAUGGUCGGAGUGCGGGCAGAGCUAAGGAGGAUGAGGGGACUGAGGCUAUGUACUUGAUGAAUAUGGCCUUGGCGCUCGGCAAGCUUUGUGUGAGGGAUGCCGACUUGGAUUCGGCGAGGACGGCCUUACAAAAGGCUGCGGAGUUGAUGGAGAGACUGAAGGCGGUGCCCCCUGGCACUUCGGAUCUCCGGGCUCAAAAGGAACGGACGAGGCUUGACGCUGAGUACUUGGCGAUGAGAACAGCACUGUCAUGGAAAGAGGACAGGCUUGAUGUUGCGGAGCACAUGUUUGGCAAGAUCGAUGCCCUUCGGCCAAAUCUGGAUUCAAUCUCUGCUGAGAUUAUAGCUGACACGCUGCAACACAUUGGGUUCGAUCUUGCGUCCAAGGGGGACCAUGGCAUGGCGGUAAAGUGGCUCAAGCGGGCCUACGACAUCAUCAAUCAUCAAGCGCUUGAUCAGCUCUCAGCAAAGGGACUUGAAUUACGACUCGCCAUCUGUCAAGGACUUGUGCGUGGGCUUCUGGAUGUUGGCUCUCAUGUUUGCGUCCAAGAGGCCCAGGACCUGGUCGAAUACAUCGAGUCUGAGAUUGGAGACAAGCCCCUCGUGCUGCACUGGCGUCUUGAGCUAUUACAGUGGGCACCAGGAGAGGCUUUUGACGUGGACGCCUAUUCCAGCAUACUACACCGCAUGGUUCGCUCGUUUGACUACUCUGAUGCCUCCUUCUACUUCCUGUUGCAUCACAUUAGAAGCCUGGGAGAGAGGAGCCCGCGGCUGGCCCGCGGAUUACUGGACGAACUUUUACUACAACACGUUGUCUCAUCAAAGAAGAGCGAAUGGAUUGGGAAGGUUGUUGUUAGGAGACUUUGGAUGGUCACCACUGGUACCGCGGAUUUGAUUUACGACGCAGAUGAGAUUGAACCUUUGACGGAUCUUCAUAAUCUUUUGGACAGAGACCAUAUUCUCACUAGGUACUUGACGUUCAAAGUAUCUUUAGUUGACUGGGAUCACGACCUUGGUUGCGAGAGCAUCAAGCAUCUCAGUAAGCUCUCGGACAGUUCACAGGGCCGCGAUGUGCUAUACGCCUGCAUCAGAGAAGCACAGCAAGUGGGCGAUAAGCUGUGUACUCUGGCAGCUCUACAAGCCAUCAUCGACAGCUGGAAGUCUGAACAAGUGAGCCCCAGCAACUUGACGUCAAUACUGCGGUGCUCGAUACGCCUCAUACAUAAAAUUGAGGAAGAGGGUAGUGCUGAUGCUGGGUCUCAAAGCAUUACAUAUGCCGACGACAUAUGUAAACUAUUUGAGAAAGCCGCUGAGCGAGCAAAUCAAGAACCCAAAGACGAUGAUGGGAACAUUCUCUUCACAAUUUCCGAAUUGCAUUGGUUUCGAAAGAACGCAUACAACAUGGCCCUGAUGGCUCUACGCUGCCAUUUUGUCAUUGCUGCAGCACUGGUCUCGCUCGCGCGCACAGAGGACAGAGUAGAAGAGCAGCUGCAGUACUACCUCGAAGCAAGACAUCACGUCAAGGACUUUGACGCAACCCUCGAGAAGACUUCGGAUGGCAUUCAAGAUGAAAACAUACGAGCGGAUCUAAUCGCCAAACUGUCAACAUUGUUCGUGUUUGACUUUGAGGCUGCCACUGUGCUCAAAAUUUGGGACGGAUUGAACGAGAUUGUGCGCAAGACCAAGAUGUGCCGUGACGAGGGCAUGUAUAAAGCAAUGGGGGACUGCAUGCUGAGAAGCAGAGCUCCAGGUAAAGCGCUCUUCUCGACCAUGCGCCUCAUCAUCAACGAAAUGUAUGAGCUGAAGCAGUUUGACUACGAAAAGCUUGCAAAGUACAUCCGGUGCAUGUUUCAGGCGAUUCUGGGACUGGACGAUACUUGCGCUCUUCAGCUUGUCGACCAAGCGAUACAGAUAGCCCGCGAGGGCAACGAAACUGGGACUCAACUGCCUUCUGCCGAACUGGAGUGGCUUGUGGCCACGACCUUCAACCACGCCAUUGACUACUACGCCCGCGGAGAGGAAGAGCCGUGCCACCGCUGGGCUCUCAAGGCGAUGCACUUGGCCGAGUAUGUCGGUGAUGGGGGGCUGUUGAGGGAUACCCUGCAGGACAAGUUUGCAAAGCUUCAGUUUGAUGGGUUGAAGGCGUGA